AUGACCUCAAAAUUUGAUCCGAAUACUGUGGUAGAUGAUAUCAACAAGUUCAUUGACAGUGAAGAAUUUGUUAAUGAUCGAAGUAAAGAAGAGAUUUGCCAAGUUUUGGAACUUUGUGAAUUAAAUAUCAAUCAAGCUAUUACAUUUUUCACAAACCUUGGCAGAAAGUAUGAUUGCCACCAACUAUUUGAGUUUUUACAACAUUCAUCGAUUCUUUUUGGUCAAGAUUUGAAUUCCGUCAGGCGCCUAUUAAACAUUUUAAGCAAAAAGCUCGGCACGGACUUCUUCAGCAGUUUGUCAACGUUUCUACAGCUGUUUUCGCAAAACGCUGAACGCUCAACUAAUGGAGAAGAAAUUCAAAAGCUUAAAUCCAUUAUUACUGAAAAGGAACAAGAAAUUAGCAGCUUAUACCAAGCCCUCAACUCCCUUAAUAAGCAAAUCGUAACUAUUUACGAAAAAUCCCAAAAUCCCAAAGUCAUCAAGCCAAAAUCCACUUCAAAUUAUAAUGUCAAUAUUGAGAGUUUGAAAAUGGUUCCUAAGGACUCCAAAAACUUCUACAAUAUAUAUAAUCUACUCAAUGCAUGCGCCCUUCAAGAUGAUGAUGAGACAAUAAAGUUUGCGAUCGCUAACAACUUCCACGAGGUGAAGCAUGACUACCACGGAAGAAACAUCUUAAUUCAGACUGAAGCGAAAGGGGAUCUGAAAUUUGCAAAGAAACUUAUCGAGUUCGGUGCAGAUCCUAAUGCAAAAGAUCAGUAUGAUAAUACUGCAUUUUAUUUCUUCUGCGAUAAAGGAAAUCUCGAAGCAGUCAAAUAUUUUUCUUUACCAAAAUUUGACAUAAAUUUGAAGUUCUCUUCAGGCUGUACGGCUUUGAUGAUAGCAUGCAAGAACAACCACACUGAUAUUGUCGAAUACCUCCUUUCUUUACCUGGAAUUGACGUCAAUUUAAGGGACAAAAUAGGAUUCACGGCAGAUAAUUAUGCUUCUUCUCCUAAAAUUAAAGCACUCCUCAAAGGGAAACUCGGAUCUUAA